UUUCCCACAGGUCCACGCUGUGGUUGCGACACUCCUCCCUCACCUCCUCCCCCUCCCCUGUUCUCCCUCAUCCCGGUGGUACCGUCCGCCGAUCGCGCACAGACGAAGCGCAGUUGUCGGCUGCAAGACGCACGGAGCGGCUCUGCGCGCAAACACCGAGACUGAUUUAUCUGCUGCCUCCUUCGCCCGCUGCUGGAUCCAACUUGGAAGAAUACAAGCAUCUCGAAAGAAUCAGUUUGAAAAGGACAGCCAGCCCCCUCACCCCGUCCUGACGCUCCAGUGAUGCUUAGUUGCGGUAUCCCAGAGGCCCACCUUGGCAGUUAGAGGAGAGGUCAUCAUCAUGACAGCAUCCUCGCAAGAUUCCAUCCCCUUGUCUAUGGCCGGCCUCCUCCUGCUAGUCCUCCUCCCAGCCGUCUUUACACAGAUCACCACGCUCCCUACAGUCCCAGUCUCAGCGCUUUUGGAGCCCCUCACCCAACCAGAGUGCACUAAGAAAGAACAUCCAAAGGUCUCCAUCAAAGCUCUCAGCCCGUGGAUUUCCACUUUCUCACACCCUGGAGUGAGAGAUUACUCACGGCUGACCCUUGACCUGACUAGGAAUGAGCUGAUUGUUGGUGCCAGGAACUACCUGUUCAGACUGGAUCUCAGCAACAUGUCACUGAUACAGGCGACAGAAUGGGCACCGGAUGAAGAAACCAGGAGGUCCUGUCAGAGCAAAGGCAAAACAGAGACUGAAUGUCAGAACUACAUCAGAGUCUUACUGGUGAACAAAACCGAGGUCAUGACCUGUGGGACCAACGCGUUCCAGCCCCUGUGUAUCACUCGAGAGGUGGGCAACAUGAGCAGUGUGCUGGAGCGAGUGAACGGCGUGGCACGUUGCCCGUACGACCCUCGCCACAACUCCACAGCAGUGGUGACAGAGAGUGGCGAACUCUACGCCGCCACUGUCAUUGACUUCUCUGGACGUGACCCCGUCAUAUACCGCAGCCUGGGUGGCAUGCCGCCCCUCCGCACUGCACAGUACAACUCCAAAUGGCUAAAUGAGCCCCACUUCAUCUCAGCCUAUGACAUCGGCUUGUUCACCUUCUUUUUCCUGAGGGAGAAUGCAGUGGAGCAUGACUGUGGCAAGACGGUCUAUUCCAGAGUGGCACGAGUCUGCAAGAACGACAUCGGUGGAAGAUUCCUUCUGGAAGACACAUGGACCACGUUCAUGAAGGCGAGGCUGAACUGCUCACGCUCUGGGGAGAUCCCCUUCUACUACAAUGAGCUUCAGAGCACCUUCUACCUGCCAGAGCAAGACCCUCAUCACGGCAUAUUCACAACAAAUGUCAACAGUAUUGCUGCAUCAGCAGUGUGCGCCUUCAACCUGAGUGCCAUCACCCAGACCUUCAACGGGCCCUUCCGCUCUCAGGAGAACCCUCGCUCCACCUGGCUUCCCACACCCAAUCCUAUCCACAACUUCCAGUGUGGCACUAUUGAUGACGAUGGCCCCAAUGAAGGUUUGACCGAGCGCAGUUUGCAAGAUGCCCAGCGGCUGUACUUGAUGAAUGAUGUAGUGCAGCCUGUGUCUGUCGAUCCACUCGUUAUGCAGGACGACGUCCGCUUCUCCAACCUGGUUGUUGACAUAGUUCAGGGCAUGGAUACCCUCUACCAUGUUAUGUACAUCAGCACAGAAUAUGGCACCAUUCUCAAGGCACUAGCUACAACCAAUAAGAUCCUACAAGGGUGUUACUUGGAGGAGAUGGAGCUCCUCCCACUGGGGCUACAUGAACCAAUCCUGAGCUUGCAGAUCCUUCACAGUGACAGGUCACUAUUCAUUGGGCUCAACAGCCAGGUCCUGAAGAUCCCGCUGGAGAGGUGCUCCACGUAUAAAAGUGAGAUGCUGUGCUUGGAGGCGCGGGACCCGUACUGUGGGUGGGACUUCAGGCAGCGUCGCUGCACCACGCUGGAGGACAGUUCCAACAUGAGCCAGUGGAAGCAGAACAUCACUGUGUGUCCGUUGCGGAAUCAGACCACCAAUGGCGGCUUUGGAACCUGGAGCCCAUGGCAAAUGUGCAACAAUGAUGAUAGUGUGGAUGGUGUAAGUUCCUGUUUAUGUCGCUCAAGGUCAUGUGACAGUCCCGGCCCUCGCUGUGGAGGGAAGAACUGCGAAGGUCCUACUAUUGAAGUUGCAAACUGUUCGAGAAAUGGAGGCUGGACGCCCUGGUCAUCAUGGGGACAGUGCAGCACAACCUGCGGGACUGGCUUUGAACUACGGCAGCGUUCUUGCAACAACCCUUCACCUCGACAUGGUGGCCGUGUGUGCGUAGGUCCAAGUCGAGACGAGAGGUUCUGCAAUGAAGGGGUGACUUGUCCUCAGCCAAUCUUCUGGUCCCCUUGGGGCCCUUGGACCAAGUGCAGCACAGAGUGUGGGGGAGGUGUCCACUCCAGAGUCCGAACCUGUGAAAAUGGCAACAGCUGUCCUGGAUGUGCACUGGACUACAAGGCCUGUAACCUGGAGGCGUGUCCAGAGGUGAAGAGGAACACGCCUUGGACUCCCUGGAUGCCUGUCAAUGUGACACAGGGCGGUGCCCGUCAGGAGCAGAGGAUGCGUUACAUGUGCCGGGCCCACUUAGCUGACCCCCAUGAGCUGCAGAUCGGACGGAGGAAGGUGGAGACACGUUUCUGUCCCAAUGACGGUACAGCUGCCUGUGAGACUGACACCCUUGUUGAGGAGCUUCUGAAGACACCAGUGGUGAGAACUGUAGGUUCGGGAUGGUCACCUUGGGAGACUUGGUCUACCUGUUCUCAGAGCUGUGCUAAAGGAUACCGCACUCGUAGGCGGACGUGCGCUGGGCCAGAGGGGAAGAGUGCCGCCACAGCCUGCCGAGGUUCACCCAUGGAGUAUCAGGACUGCAACAUCCAGGCAUGUCCAGUGAAUGGCGCCUGGUCCUGCUGGUCAUCCUGGUCUCAGUGCUCAGUGGGCUGUGGUGGUGGUCACUACCAGCGGACACGCUCCUGCAGCAGCCCUAACCCUACCAACGGAGGAGAUAUCUGCAUAGGACUACACACUGAAGAGGCCCUGUGUAACACACACACUUGUGAUGGUGGCUGGAUGGCCUGGUCACUGUGGUCAGCCUGUGAUGAUUCAGGCUUGCAGAUGAGGAAUCGCGCAUGUGGAGCUCAGGGCAACAUCCCUUGUGUUGGCAACAGCACUCAGCACCGAGACUGCAACGAAAUUCCAGCAUUCACCUCCAUCCACCUGAUUGCCACGGGUGUAUCAUGUUUCCUUGGGGCGGGGCUGCUGUCCUUCCUGAUCUACGUGUAUUGUCAACGCCUCCACAAGCCUUCGCAAGAGUCAGCUGUCAUUCAUCCCACCACCCCCAACCACCUCAACUAUAAGGGCAACGCCACGCCAAAGAAUGAAAAGUACACGCCAAUGGAGUUUAAGACACUGAACAAGAACAACCUGCUGCCAGAUGAAAGAUCCAAUUUUUAUCCGACUCCACUUCAACAGACAAAUGUCUACACCACCACUUACUACCCCACAGCUCUGGGCAAAUAUGACUACCAGCCCAACUCCUCGCCGUCCCCAUGCAGGACCUACAACCACAGUAACAACACCAACAACAGCUGAGACACGCCCCCAGUGGACACCCCUGAUGCCGUGGUGACACAACUGAGCCGAUAUCUUUUCUGAGCUCAGUUUGGUUCUUCUAUUCACCAUCGCCUGUUUCCAUGCUAACAUCAUCUCUUCCACUUGGUAGGGUUGUUUUCAGUGGUGUUAUCUGGAACUUUAGCCGAGUAGGCUUUGGACCACAAUGCCCCUUGUGUUGUUGUGCAUUCAGGGACAUAUGCGGCUGGCUGGGGGAGUGUUGUAAGGAUGUGAUGUUAGCUCUUUUGAGUGGCUCCAUUGGAACAGUGGAUUUUUAUACCUAGAAUAUUUGUGCUGGUAUUACUCCAUAUCUUACAAAAACCAACAACAAGAAAAAAAAGAAAAAAAAAAACAAUAAAUCCUUACACAUUCUCUCAAUCUGGAGCUUUUUAGACUCUCCAUUACAAAGCAGUCUCUCCACAGCUCAUACCCUGGUGAGAACAAACAAGGCCUGUUUGUCCUUGCCACAGAGCUCAGAACAGGAACAACAAAAGAGAAAAGUCAAAGAGGUCGAUGGAAAAGUGGAGAUCAAUAUCAGCCUGGUUGUUCAAAGAGGAUGCACGCCCUCCAUUGUUAGGAUUUGACAUGACAGCAGCAGAACUGCAGCAUGUGUGGAGUUUCUGGUCACUGUGGAACAUCAAACUACACACCAGUCUUGUUCACAGAGAGGGAAUAAUUCUCUGAAGCCUCUAAUGAAUGGAGAUGCAUGCCUCAUCACUUCUGAGCGUUAACUCUUACUGCCUGAAUGAGCAGAGGGGAUUGUGGGAAAUGGUCUGUACUGUACAUAAAGCUUUGUGAAUGCCUUUGGUGCCUGUACGCAACAGAGGGCAGCAAUGAGAUUUUCUAUUAAUUGAUUGAUUCUCCAAUGGAUGCAUUGAUUCUACUGAGUGCAAAUAGCUCGGUGGUCAUAUCAAAUAUGACCAGUGUGCUGAACAAACUGGACCGUUUUCUAUGAUCACCACCUAUAGAAUAAGACAGUAGAUUGGUCUUUUUUUAUGUUUGUUUUUCAAGAUGAGAAAUAUGUGUUUUGUGCUCAGACGAGCAGUAGCAUAGGAGGAAAUAUUUUGUUUGAACAAAUAAAGUAUAGCUAAUUAA